ACAUGAGAGUUCACACUGGAGAGAAACCUUACACGUGCCAGCAGUGUGGAAAGUGUUUCAGUCAAAAAGUAAGUCUUAAAGCCCACAUGAGAGUUCACACUGGAGAAAACCCUUACACCUGCCAACAGUGUGGAAAAUGUUUCAACAGAAAAGGAAACCUAACAGUCCACAUGAGAAUUCACACUAGAGAGAGUCCAUUCUCCUGCCAACAGUGUGGAAAAAGCUUCACUCAGAAAGGAAGCCUUAAAGUCCACAUGAGAAUUCACACUGGCGAAAACCCUUUCGCCUGCCAGGAGUGUGGAAAAGGUUUCAUUCGAAAAGCGAGUCUUAAAAGCCACAUGAGAGUUCACACUGGAGAGAAGCCUUACACUUGUCCUCAAUGUGGAACGAGUUUUAAACAUAAAGGAACCCUUAAUGCCCACAUGAGAAUUCACACUGGAGAGAAGCCGUUCGUAUGCGGUCAGUGUGGGAAGAGUUUCAGAUUUACAGUAACCCUUUGUCACCACAUGCGGAUUCACUCAAGAGAGAACCGUUUUAUAUGUCAUCAGUGUGGAAGAAAUUUCACAGACAGGAAUCAUCUCAAGAGUCAUGUAAAGAUCCAUUUGGGAGAUAAGCCUUUCAUGUGCCAUCACUGUGGAAAGACUUGCAAAAACAAAACAAACCUUGAGGUUCACAUAAGAGUUCACACUGGAGAGAAGCCUUUCACCUGCCCUCAGUGUGGAAAGCAUUUUGCACUCAAAGGAAACCGUGAGGUUCACAUGAGGCUUCACACUGGAGAGAAGCCUUACGAGUGUCUUAAAUGUAAGAAGAAUUUCACAUAUCAUGGAGAACUGAAAUGUCAUUUGCAAACUCAUUCUGAAAAGAAACCACAACAUUCUGAGUGUGACAAGAAGUUUACUAAGAGGAGUCAUUUCAAAAAUCAUCUGUGGGUUCUCUCUGGAGGAAGACCAUUUAAUUGUGAUAAGUGUAAUAAAAAAUUUAUUUUGCCAUCACAGUUACAGAUACACCUGAAAAGUCAUGCAGAUGUGAGGCCCUAUUCUUGUUCUUUCUGUAGAAAGAGUUUUAAAUGGCUCAGCAGUUUAAAAUGGCACCAGAAUACAUGCAUGUCUGUGAAAUCAAAGCUAUUUUCACACCGCAAAUGAAUGUGGGCCAAACAGAUAUUCUUCCAUUUUUAUUUAUUUAUUUUAUUUUAUUUUAUUUUAUUUAUUUAUUUUAUUUUUUCUUUGGUGAGGCUGAUAUGCAUACGAUAUGCAUUAGAAGUUUCCUCCCUCAGGAAUCUAAUAUUCAAUUUUAUAAUUGUGUUUUGGUCAUCUGCUAAAAGGAAUGACAGUUUCACUGGAUGCAGCACUGGUGGAAAAAUUCGUAACAGGGCUGGUGGAGGUGGAAGGAUCAUAGGAAUGGUGGGUGAACUCAUUUAGCACUAGUGAUGCUGUUACUAGUGGUGUUAUGGAUGCCUUCAGACCAACUGCCUCAUCAUUCAUACCAUGAGACAGCAGUUGUUAUGAGAAUAGUGAACAAUCUAUUCCAAUGCCUCAAAUAAUGAUCUGCAUUGUUCAUUACUUUAAAGGAUGUAGCAGAUUAAAUAUUUGACAUUUAAAUUCAUGAGAUUAUAAAUGUAAGAAUCUGUUUAAAAUUAU